CCCAACACUACUCUCCUGCCUGACCGUGAACAAGUGAGCGCAGAGGUGUCGAAGAUCGAACAGAAACUCCUGGUUUAGUGUACGUGACUGCUGUGCAACGGAGAACUGACGCGAACAGGAGCUGCCUCGCUGUUGCUUUUGGAAAUUUAGAAGAGGGCUAUCUGCCGCUGCUGCCGUGCCAAUUGCUGGAGGGAGCUAAGCUCUUGCGUGGGAACCGCUUAGCGUCAUCAUGUCGGGCUUUGGAGGGGGAGGACACGGGGGGGGGGGUAGGGUCAAGAAGGUUAUGACCCAGCCGAUCUCUCUUAUCUUCAGGUUUCUACAGAACCGAACGAGGGUGCAAAUCUGGCUUUACGAGAACACCAAGAUGCGGAUAGAGGGACAAAUCCUCGGCUUCGACGAGUACAUGAAUCUAGUGUUGGACGAGGCGGAAGAGGUGGACAUGAAGAACGACGAGCGCAAGCAGCUGGGGCGCAUUAUGCUCAAGGGCGACACCAUCACCCUCAUGCAGAGCGUCGAGGUCUAGCACUACAUGCGAGCGCUGGGUUUUCGGGGGGUGGGGGCGUUAACCAUAAUGGCAGCGUCUGGGGCAGGGGGUGGUCCAGGGCGUUCAUCACAGGGCCGGGUGUACACGUAGAGACAGGGGAAGGGUGCUCGGCAAUAGACAGACAGGUGCACAAUGCCACGGUUGGAAGGCUCCCUUCCCGUGCUCUCUUCUGCUGGUGACGCCGCCAAGAUGGCACCCGACCGUGAUAUCUAUCCGUGUAUGGUCUCUUGUGCGCUACCUGGUGUGCUUGCUGAGUGUUGGCUGCAACGAGGCCCGACUGGCAUGCUUGUAGGUUACAUUGCUGAGCGAUUUGUUUUUUCUGGCGCAUGCCGGAGAGGAAUCCCAAUGUGUGACCACGGACUGGAGGUCCCUCCUUCCCGGCAGAAAUGCUGUGAACUGUGACCGCUGAUUUGAAGUAUGGAAAAGAAGGGCCUAAUGUGGCUGUAGAGAUUUCAAUCGCACCAUGAAAGUGGUGCAUGUCUGGCCACCGAGCUGCUUUGCUAUUGGUCGUGAUCCCGCGUUGCAAGACGACAGGUCGGGUUAGUGUGAGACAUUCAGUGGCAUUGUUGACGAUCUAGUCGCGGGUAGUCGAGGGGGCCGAGUACCCACGGCUCAUUUCGUGAUUGGCAUGCACCACCCUUGCAGCGUACGACACAGCCAGCCAAUAGCACGUCACCAGGAAGGUGGGAUAGGCGUCGAGUCGCGGCUCUGGGGUGAAAGAGUGUACUUGACGCGUUUCCUUGAGGCUGACUGAUGCAAAUGUUGGGUGGUGCACGGCAGCGCACCGUCUUUGGUGGUCCUUCCGAUUCAACGACACAGCAGCGUAUGCACCUCGAACGUGUCAUGGCCUUUAACCGCUGUCCAAUUGCAACAUCGACGUUAAGCAGUGUUGCGUGAUUGGAGAGAUGCCGGUAGAGGCUAGGGUAUCGUCGCUUGGCAUGUACCAUACUCGAGAAAACACCCAGGAUGAACAUGCUGAUAAAUGCGACAUGACUUCGGGUCCGGACAGAACCGAGCGUGAUAGCAAUUAGAGCCGUAUGCAGCAUGAAUCCCAUCGUGCAUACGCUUGCUCCAACCUUUCGACCAGAUAAGGCUUUUAAAAAAAAUAUUUUCCCCUUUCGUCUCGCCUCUACACAAACAGCAUGCAAGCCUCUUUCAUCCCAGGUAUUCCCCCCGUGGCUGCUGGUACUGCCAGCAACGUGAUUUUCGCGCUCACGGAAAAGAACCUUUUGUUCUUUACAGGUAUUAUCUAGCGUUGGUCUGCACCAUGCUGUGUAGCAAGGUGCCAUAGAGCGGACGCUCUUGACACGUUAGCUCUACCAACUUUCUUUGGGUAAUUCGUUCCAUGACAUCUAUGGCUGAGUCUCUAUUCUGUGGCAUCGAAUACCUACUUCCCUCCCUUCGAAAACGCCCCCC